AUGAGCAAGGCGGGCACAGAAAAGCGAGUGAGGGUGAGGAUGGAGCAUGAGACAGCAGCGAGGUUGGCUAAGAUAAUGCUGAACGCAGUGGACGAUGGCGAAAAUGAUUCUGACGUCGAUUCUUCCAUGCCGAGAAAUGAGAGCUUGUCGGAACGAGUGCAGUUCGAAGCACCACGGCAUGAGAAAAGGAAGGUGAAAGGACGAUGGAUCUGGCAAAAAAUUGAUGAGGAUGCAAGGAGCGUGACAGAGGGAAAUCAAGUGAACCAGCGAUCUCCAAGCGUCAAGUUUGGUGUUGAGGAAAAAUUCGAAUCGCACAACAACAGCAGGAGAAAUCAUGAGGAAAGUCAGGGGAAAGGCAUAUCCACAACACUCAAGAGCAGUAACUACCCGUAUGAUAGUGCUGUGUAUGUCAGAUCAUUGAUGGAGAGAUCUUCAAUCUUGCCAGGCGAGGAGAUGGCAAUGAGGGACGUUUGUGAAGAGGACGAUGGCGGAAUGGUUGAAACAGUUCAAGGCAAUUUUACAGGAAGAGGUCUGACUUCAGCAGAAAAACGACUUGCUAAGGCAAGCCUGGGGCCAGUGUCUAUGAUGAAGUAUAUCAUCAUUCCACUUGCAAUUUUGUUUGCAGGGCUCUUGCUCUUUUGCAAGGAUGGAAGGUUUUCCAUGAGCACGAACUUCGACGUGUACGACCUCUGCAAGUAA